AUGAGGCGCUGCAGGGGAGAAUGGCUCCUCGUGCCGUGCAUCAUCUCCGUGCUGCUCUUUGUACCAUUGGCCUGCGGACGAUUGCUCAUUGGCGCAAGCGAUAUGUCGCCGCCUGCACUGACACCAUCCUUCAUCAAGCAAGUAGACGAUUGGGUGGAACACGCGUGGCUCAAAUGUGGAUUGGACAAGAAAAGCCUUCAAGAUGUUAGAAACUACUACAACUACAACCAUGUACUUGAUAUCAUCCAUAGGAUAUCUGACAAUAAGGGAACUUCCCCUGUCAUUGAAAAAGGUGCCAGCUCAUUGACCCCAGAAAUCAAGCAAACUUUGCUGAUCUGCUUAAGCAAACAGAGUUCUGAGGUUGCAAAUAACCUACCCGAUGGUUAUAUCAAAACACUUACCGCCUCAAUAAGAGGAGAGCUGGCUCCGGGACCUGCUCCUGCAAAUGAAGCAGUAAAACCUUCGCCAGGGAAACCAGCUGAGGGUGCUUCAUCAGAAGCAACUACAAAAAAGGCAGUGCCUGCAACUAAAUCAGUAGGAAAAAAGGACAGCGAUGGCAUGCCAACUACCAAUGUCAUUGGUGUGUCCUUGGUUGUUAUAGCACUUUUAGCUCUUCUCUGCGUUGGCUGCUGCAUGUACCGUGAAAGCCAGAGUUCUGCGGCUUCUGCCUAUGAUAAUAAGCAACUCCUGAAUCUAUGUAAUGUCUUGUAUCAUCCAUUUUGCUCCAAGUCAAAGUUUUCCUCUCUUCUACCACUGACUUUUAUGCUUUCAUUUGCAGCGGAUUCUUGCAAGUCUUCCAGUGUAAAUCUAAUAGAUGUCACUAAGCUGGGAGCAUUGCCAUUGCAGUCAGAGGCUGGCCAAAAUGGCCAUGUGAAUCAAAGUUCACAGGAAGGCCCAAACACUGAUGAAAUUGGCUAUGUGAGACUAAGUUCACAGGAAGGCCCAAACACUGAUCAAAAUAACCAUGUGAAACUAAGCUCACAGGAAGACGCAAACACUGGUCAAAUUAGCUAUGUGAAACUAAGCUCACAGGAAGACCCAACCAGUGGCCGAAAUAGUGAUGUGAAGCUAACUUCGCAGGAAGACCCAAACACUGGCCAAAAUAACCAUGUGAAGCUCACAUCGCAGGGAAGUGCAAACACUGAUCCAGCAAGCUACAGCAGUUCCACCGAGUCAAUGGCUGCUUCUGUUGGUUCUGUGCAAGGAUCAACACCAAUGAUGCCACCUCCAGCACAUCCUCAAGUACUUGCGCCUCAACCAAAGGCUCCUCCUCCACCACCAGCUCCUCAAGCACUUGUGCCGCCUCCGAAUGCUUCUCCAGUUCUUUCCUCUGGACCUUCACCGCCACCAGCUCCAAAAGCCUCCCCGCCUCCUCCCUCAGGACCCUCACCACCUACUUCUCCAAAAGCUGCACCACCACCACCACCACCAUCAAAAUCUGGUGGACCUCUCCCGCCACCACCAGCGCUGCCUGAUUCUUCCAAAAUGCGUCCACCAUCACUUAUGAAGUCAGGCAAUAAAGCAGACACAGAUGCGGAUUCUAGUGAAGCUAAAACAAAGCUUAAGCCCUUCUUUUGGGAUAAAGUAGCAGCAAAUGCUAAUAAAUCAAUGGUGUGGGAUCACCUUAAAGCUGGAUCAUUCCAGUUAAGCGAGGACGCUAUUGAAACACUUUUUGGUUGUAAUGCUGACAAGAAGAGUGGUGAUGCCAAAAAAGAUUUAACAUCAAAGGAAGCUGCCCAAGUUGUGAGGAUACUUGAUCCUAAAAAGGCACAGAACCUGGCCAUAUCAUUGAAGGCGUUGAGUGUUUCAGCAGAGGAAGUUUCUUGUGCAGUUAAGGAAGGAAAUGAACUUCCAUCCGACUUGAUACAGACCUUAAUUAGAUGGGUCCCGAGUACUGAUGAGGAGCUCGGGCUUCGACUAUAUACUGGGGAACUCUCACAGCUUGGUCCUGCAGAGCAGUUCUUAAAAGCAAUCUUCGACAUUCCUUAUAUCUAUGAGCGCCUGGAUGCAUUACUUUUCAUGGCUGGUUUACCAGAGGAAGCUUCAAAUGUAAAGCAAUCUUUUGCCACCUUAGAGAUGGCUUGUGAGGAGCUUAAAAACAGCCGUCUAUUCUUGAAGUUACUAGAAGCUGUUCUUAAAACAGGGAACCGGAUGAAUGUUGGCACGUUCCGAGGAGGAGCUCAAGCGUUCAAACUAGACACCCUGCUCAAGCUUUCCGACGUCAAAGGAACUGAUGGGAAGAUAACGCUGCUGCAUUUUGUUGUUCAAGAGAUGAUCCAUUCUGAAGGUGUCCGUUCUGCACGGGCUGCAAAGGAGCAGACGGGCAGCAUAUCCAGUGUGGACAAGAAUGAUCUUAUUGAAGACGAAUAUAAACAACUAGGUCUGCAGGUUGUGUCCAGUUUAGGAGAUGAACUUCAAAAUGUCAGGAAUGCAGCAAUCCUUGAUGCAGAUCAGUUGACUAUGUCGGUAACAAGUGUUGGCCACAGGCUUGGCAAAACCAAAGAAUUCUUGAACACAAGCAUGAAAAGUCUGGAUGAAGAUAGUGGGUUUCACCGCAAGCUUGUGCAUUUCGUGGAGCAGUCUCAAACUGAAGUUACUUUCUUGCAAGAGGAAGAGAAGAAAAUACGGUCCUUGGUAAAGAGCACUGUCAAUUAUUUCCAUGGGAGGACAGGGAAGGAUGAGGGCCUUCGUUUAUUUGUCGUAGUGCGGGAUUUUCUUGCAAUGCUUGACAAGGUGUGCAAUGAGGUGAAAGAAGCAUCAAAAGUAGCUCCAAAGAAAACGAAGACUGAAGUUACUCUGCCUUCCCGCACACCCAGAUCUUUCCAAGAUCCCCGGCGUAACCUUUUUCCGGCAAUUCAAGACCGGAGGGCACAUAGUUCAAGCUCUAGUUCUGACGAGGGAAGUUAA